AUGGUCAGUCGUUCUCGUUCAGUACCUACAUCAUUGUUCCAACCUUGUUUAGACAUGUCUUUCAAUCAACGAAACAGGCACUGCAAGUUCCGGUUCCUCUCAGAACAAGAGGUCUUUUCGCAGCCACCGUUCGCAGCUCGUUUGGAACCUUAUUGUUUGAAACAUACAGACACUGUCAGAUUAAAAUGCGGAAGAAGCUAUAUGGUUAGCCUGGGUUAUCGGUUAUUCUCAUACAGAAUGAGAGAUGAUGUUUCAAAACAAUGGUCGGAGAAAAGGUGGAUUCGUCGAAUGAUGGGUGGUAAUGAUUCCAAGUACAUUUCCGAAUCUGAAUUAUCAGAUUCAGAAUCUUCGGUUUCUGAUGAAUAUGAAUCGCCUUCAGAACAAAUUGAUGAACCCACUGUUGAUGCUGCUUUGAGGGUGCCUAUAAGUCUUCCCAGAGCACAAGAUGUUUUGAAUUUGGACAAACUACUGGAAAUCGAAAAUCGACUAGAAAUUGAUGAAAUUAUUUCUCUAGCCUUUCUCUUAUUGGAUGAAAACCUAUGUGAAACUGAAUGCUGUUUACAAGAUCUAACUCUCAUUUUGGAAGGAAGCACAAAAAAGUUGUUAUAUGAUUGGGCUGCUGUUCAGGAUAUGAGAGGAAAUAAUUGGCAAAAUAAAUUUAUUGAGUCUCUUUGUAUUAUCAAGAAUUAUGAAGUUUUGAAAUCAUUAGGUUAUCAGAAAUCUCAUGCUAAAGACCAUUAUUUACCACAUUUCAACUCAUCAUUACACAUAAAUGAAAUCAGGAAGACAGCUUAUUUAAUAUGUGAAAAGCUGAGUUCCAAAAAAACAGCUACUUUUCUGGAGCAUGUCAGAAGAAAAUUCAAUGAGAAAAAAAUGGCUUUUGAUGAAUAUGACCCACAGUUUUUGGAAUUAUUCUUCCUUAAAUGGGAAACCACAAGCACUUUUUCUUUGACUGAUGUGAGAAGUAUAUUGAAAAUAAUGGAUGAGGAAGAACUCUAUACUAUGCUUGACAAUGUUUUGAUUAGGCAUAAUAAUGUCCAGAAGGUGAAGGAACCAUUUGAACCCAUAGCCUCAAUUCGCUUUGAAUCAGUCCAAGGCUCCUCAAAAUCUGACUGUGCCUACCAAAAUUCUCAGACUUGCCGAAAUGAUUUCUUUGAAGCCCACUAUCAAACUAGUGGGAAGACAAGCAGAGAUAGAACAUGUUCCUCAACUACCAGUAUGGACAACCCUGUCCCUCAAGAAUAUGUUGAUUCAAAUUAUACAUUCAUGGAUUAUCAGCUACCACAUGUUGGUUUAGCCCAUUCUAAUAUGUCUUCCAAUGAUAAUAGGUAUGAUAUUGAUCCAAAUAAGCCCGGAGUUGUCCUUAUUAUAAACCAGGAAUCAUUCUAUACUGAUAUACAUCAAGAAUAUAAGGAUUUGUUGCCUCCUGAUACAAGAGAGCAAUUAGUAUCUAGAAAGGGCACUGAAAAAGAUAAAGAAGAACUCCAAAGAGUAUUUACCAGAUUCGGCUUCAGGGUAUUAGUUGCAGAGAAUCUAAAUCACAUUGAUAUGGUGAGGAAAAUAAAAGAUGUUAUCAAUGGUAUUGAAGAUGAAUCCAGCUUGUUCAUCUGCAUUUUAUCCCAUGGUGAUAAAGGUGUUGUUUAUGGGGCAAAUAGUUGUAUGGUAAAGAUAAACAAGAUCCAGGAAAUCAUGCAUAAAGUCAACAAAAACAAAUUGGCUGGAAAACCAAAAGUUCUUAUUCUUCAGUCAUGUCAAGGACAGGAAUGCCAAAAACUUGAAGAAAGUGAGGAAGAAUGUGACCAAGACCACAUUUCCUUGACUACUGAUGGACCCGCCCCACUUUUAAGAGACAUGAUCACUUUCUAUGCCUCUAUACCUGGUUAUGCUGCUAUAAGAAGUAAAAAAACUGGAUCAUGGUUCAUCCAAGCUCUUUGCAAUCAAAUGAUCCAAGUUGGAAAUAGGUUCCAUUUCGCUGAUAUUUGCACCAGAACAGCCCAUGAAGUUACAAAGCAAGUGUGGCUGAAAGAUAAAGACAAAAAAGCGAUGACUCCUCUCUUGGAGUCCACUCUACUCAAAGCCUUCUACUUGCCCCCUAUGAGAAAAAUUGAUGAAUCCCAAUAAGAAUAUAUUUCAAUCUAUCAGUAAGUUUGCUGGAAGGUGUUACAGAUAUGAUUGGGAGGCGUGUACAGUGUGUUAUGGUGAGUUGAAUAUUUGUGAUUUACUCCCCAAAUAUACGCGAGAAUUUCAUAGUAUCAGAUGGUACUGAAAUUGUGAAAUUGAUUGAUCAUUAAUCCAAAGAAACUUUGUUUAGUCUUUGGAUCCUUAAGAAUUGUAAUAUACAAGUUGUUUUCAAAGGUGAGGCAUCUUCCAAAAUGAACAACAUCACCGAAAAUAGUUAUUUAGUGAGCAUGUAGAAUAAAUUCCUUCAAAGCUUGAUAUGGCCAGUGGAGAAAAAGCUCAGACACAUUGUUUUUUUUUUUCAGCUGUGCAAUUAUUGGUCGACUAAUAUUGUUGAUAUGACGUCAUCAUUUUUUAUGGAAAUACCCUAUUUCAAUACCUUGAAGAAUAACGCAUUUUUCUGGGUAGG